AUGACUGCUACGACUAGCGUUUGGCCGAGAAUAACUCCGGCAUCCACUAUAACCCCCACAGUCAAUCCGGGCCUUGGCUCCGGUAUUGGAACGCCUACCUCUGCCGCAGGUGUAUCGCUAACACCUGUUCCGAGCAAUUUACCAACAAUAUCAAGCAUACCACCAUCUCUACCGGCCGCUCCAACAGGUGGUCUAAUUCUCCCAGGUUCAUCACUUAAUCCACCAACACUUGGAAACAACAUAAAUCUGGUAAACAAUGAUCUAAAUCAUCGACGUUUAAUGCAAUUAGAAGAUGAAAAUAAACGAAGAGCGGUUACUAACAAUCUGAUGAACGAUGUUCAACAAACAACCGCGAUGUUGCUACAUGGACAAAUGGAUGUUCAAGAUCAAAUAUUGCAGUAUCAAUUUAUGUUAGAACAGUGUAUGACUAAUCUUGAUCAUCAAAAUCUUGUACUGAAUCAACAACAAGAAGAAUUGAGUCUUCUAAGAUCAAAAAUGAAACGCGUCGAUUAUAUGUUGGAUGCGCUCAAAUACAAAGGAGCAACAAAUCCAUCAUCAAUGUCUUCUUAUCCACAAUCACCAGCUGUUGCUUGGCAUCAAACAGCUGUUAUGCCUCCACCAUCAUCUCCGCAUUACUCAGGUGGAGCAACAAGAGUCACACCGUCGACAUUUCAACCACGUAAUCCACGUUACAGAUCACCAACACGAUCACAAAGAACUUCUAGACAAUUCUCUACAACAAGUUCAAAUACUGAUAUAGGACGCCGCAUAACUGUUAAUAAUACAUCAAUACCAACAAGUAACAACAAUAGUUUCAGAAGAUUAAAUAAUAACAGUACAACAAUCGGUAGAUAG